GGGCGGGAGGGGGUCCUUCUUACAACACGUUACGUAACAUUAUUUCUUUUUUUAUAUAAAAAAAUAGGGAAAUAAAACUCCCAAAUUGGCAACCCUUUUCGUUUACGUUUUCGAUCUCUCGAUUGUAUUAGUCUGGUCGCCAUUUUUAAUUUGUUCUCGCAUGUUGGUAAACCUUUUCGUUUAUAUUUCACGGGGAAUCCCUAGAUUGUAUUGUACGUCAUUUAAUGUUGUUUUUGUUGUCAGUAUUCGUUAGUGUUUAUGCAGAAGCAAAUUGCUGUAGUCGCUGUUUUAAAGUGAGUUCAUAGUGUUCAUACUGUAAUGUCCUCAAAAGAAGGAGAUUUGUAUCAUCAGCUGUUCUUGGCCUAUAAAGGCUCUCAUGCUGACUUGCCAGCGCAAGUAUGUCAAAAAAAUGCCAAUGAAAUUUGGAAAACGGCUAAAGAAAAACUAAAAAACAAAGAAAAGUUUAUAGAACAUAUAAAUGAUGUUAUACGAGAGUUGAAGGUGAAGGCCACGCAGAAGAAAGCAACAAUGCUUAGUUAUUUUACACAAGUAAGUUUACUACUAAAAUGUAAUAAUGACAUAGGUAUUAUAUUUAGUCCAAACCUUGAUUUUUCAUAAAAGAACUGGUCAUAAGUAUUUUAUAUUUCUAGCUACCUAUGCAAACAUCAAGCACGCCAGCAACACUAUGGCCCAAUGCUCCCUCGACUUCGCGUGCUCCUCAACAAAAACAGGAUUCGAAUGUUGUAGCUUCAUCCACGUGUUCAUCUCUCAUGGAAUCGAUUGUCGCAGUCGCUGGACAUGAAAGCACUGCCGUCAAACGAAAGAUGAGCGAUAUCCACGAGGAGCAAAGUCAGAAUACUGAUGGGGAAACUGUGGAGACAUCGUCUACGGAACCAGACAAGACUUUGGUUGAUUCGGUCAUCACUAAAAAUGUUCCAAGCAAACCGGCUCAAGAAACUCUUAUGAAGAAAAUUGGUCUACUGCAACAAAAAAUAAAUGUUCUCACUGAAGCAAGGGACACUGGUAUAGCCAAAGAUGAUGUUCAUGACGAAAUAAAAAAGCUACGCAAAGAGUUGAAAGAAGAAGAGAAAUGUUUGAAGAAAAAAAGAGACUCUGCUAAGCGUGCAAAAAAAUUUCGAGCCAAAGAAAAACUGGAGAAAACUGAACGUCAGAGAAACAAUCCUGCUGCAGCACAACCUCGAACUGGCCCUGGACAGCCCUCUUUAGUUGACUCGCAACCUGCUCUCCUAGAGACCAUAAUUAAUAUUGCCAUUCAUGGCAGCGCUGCUGAUGAACGCCGCCGAACAGAGAUGAUUAGGAGUUGUCUCACUCUGUCCGACCUGCAUGAAAGGCUGUUGUUAAUGGGAUUCCAAAUUUCUCGAAGCGGCACAUAUCUUCAUUUACUCCCACGCGUUUCUAACACACAAGAGGGAAGAAGACACGUACGUACUGUACCCGUAAAGUUAGCAAGACCACAGACCGAGAUGCACAAAAAACAUGAGGACGGGGAAUUUUGCACUGCUACAAUCAGGUCAUUGGAAUCUCUCGCUUCGCUUCUGGGACCGCAGCAAGUAUUCGUUCUCUCACAAGACGAUAAGGCACGUGUACCGAUAGGUUUACCGGCAGUAAAAAGUCAGAGCCCUCUUUUAAUGCAUAUGGAAUACAGAAUACUUUUACCUGAUCAUGACUGGGUCGUGGCAGAGCGGCACAAACUUAUUCCUUCUGUAUACGCCGGCGUCAACGUAGAACCUAACAAUUUCGGUAGGGAAGAAGCUGUUGGGUACAGCGGGCCGACACACAUAUCCAUAAGGAGCGGGAAACACUCAUCCUCCACAGCGAACACCCACGCUUAUGAUUUCGAAUCACUUUUAUCAAUACCUUCAUUCAAAUCCUUAAUGAUGACAGAAUCGAACACCGUGAAGCCAGUAAUCAUCAUCUUUGUAGAUGGUGGGCCGGACGAAAACCCGCGUUAUCGCAAAGUCAAGAACUUUGCGAUUGAACACUUUAAAAAAUACAACCUGGACGCCCUGUUUAUAGCGACUAAUGCUCCUGGGCGGAGCGCAUAUAACCGAGUUGAGCGUCGCAUGGCUCCCCUCAGCAAACGACUGGCAGGCGUCAUUUUGCCUCAUGAACAUUUUGGUUCUCAUCUCGACGACAAAGGAAUGACUACGGAUGAUGAUUUGGAAAAACGCAAUUUUCAGCACGCUGGGGAAACACUUGCAGAAGUGUGGAGAGAAAUGAAAAUUGAUAAUUAUGACGUUUCGGCGGAGUAUAGACAGCCCGAAGAUAGCAUGCAGGAUCCAGCAGAACCAAAUCUGGCGUGGUAUAGCGUUCACGUCCGUGAAUCGCAAUAUUUCUUACAGGUUAUAAAAUGCGCAGAUGAAUCCUGCUGUUCACCACCGAGAAGUGCAUUGAAAUCUGUGUUUACGGAUACUUUCAUGCCGCCACCUUGCCCAAUACUUCAAACCCCAAGCAAGCUCGUAGUACCCAGUUUGUUAGACAAAGGAAAAUCCAAGUUUUCGCCACUUCUUGUAAGGUUGUCCGUUAAUCUGUCACCUCCUCUAGAAGGGUUUAAGCAGAUGCCUUACGAUUUCUUUUGUCCAUCUGUACAAUCCGACCUAAAGAAAAAAGUAUGUCCAACCUGUGGGAUCUAUUUCACAUCUCACAGGAGUGUUCAAAUGCACUGUCGUUACGUGCAUGGCAAGACUGUCCAAGACCAUUGUGAAACUAGAGUACGGCCACAGCGCCUUGCUGCCAGAAGGGCAAAUGAGCUUCUCUGCAUUGUGCGUCGUUAUGAAACAUCGUCUGAGGAUGCUGACUGGCUCGACGAAGACGAAGUUGAUGCAAGUGGCUUAACAAUUCCAGAACCGUCUUCGUCUGCACUCCAGGUGCCAGUGAUGAAAGAAUCUGAGUGGCUAGCAAACCCGUGGACAGAGGAGCAGUAAUUUCAAUCGAAUUGUUUUUAUAGACCUACUUAGAUACUUGGUUAAUAGUUGAUUAUUUUUUAAUUUUGUUAAGAAUACGAUUUUAUUUCGAGUAAAAUGUUUAAUUUCAGUUGGGUUUCUGUUUAUAAUUGCAUUGCCAAAGGUUAAAAUAAAUAUGUUAUUUUAUUUGAAGAAUUUAUUAGUAAAAAAGCUAAAAUACUUAGGAGAAUGAAGGAGAAAAACAAUUGUGUUUUGUAAAGCCAAAAAUUUAUAAAAAAAUAAACAAAAUACGCAGGUGUUGCGAAUUAAAAAUCUCUUGUUUUAUUAUAAGGCAAUUAAAACUAUACGAAGGAUAAAAACUAUAACAACUUUUUGCGACUUCAGGGUAAAAAUGAUGACUUGAGUGUUACGUAACCUUU